UUUACGUGGCUAUAAAUAAAUUUGUCGUGGUCUCGAUUAAGGCGGUCAGGCAGUCAGUUGUUUUCGCUUGGCCGUUGUAAAAGAUAUCAAACGAGUUAAAAAAAAUAUCGUACUUUCGGUCGUAUUCGCUGUUCGCCAUGAAGUUUUCGAGUGUUAAUUUGUUAUUGGGAAUAUUUUUACUGUUUUCCUGCGUGAAUUUGAAUUACGGAUUAGAAUGUAUAACCUGCAACGUCACCAAGACAGCCCAGAAUGGUGACGACUGUAACGGAGUUUACUCGAAAGUCAAGUGCCAGGGAAACAGCGUGUGCUUAUCCGCAGAGUAUGAAGUGUGGAAUCCGGGUCAGGCGGGCGAUCCUAAAACCUUCGUGGAAAAGACUUGCUACCAAAAUAUGGCCGGCAAGGAAUGCGAGCAAUUCGUCAAAGUACACAGCAACCUGUUUGGCAUCGGAACAAAGGUGACGUCGAAGAAGUGUUACGUGUGUAGAGAAGACGAUUGCAAUCGGCUCUCGAGCGGGUCUGAGACAUAUUUACCUGCCCUAUGGCUGGCGUGUUUAGUAAAUAUUCUACUAGCAAAAUUGCUGGCUUAAGUAAAAAUUGAUAAUAAUAAUAA